AAAGGGGACACAUACAGUCCAGCAAAACCCCAUUGCAAGUUGUGCUAGAAUUUGUCAUCCAGACAUCGUCAAAUUGUGGAGAUGGGAGUCUCAACUGAGAAAGGAGAUAAGUACCCACAAUCAAAAAAUUGACACAUGGCAACGUACAACUGGAACCCACACCAGCACCAGGAGGACGGAUAAGGGCCUCGGGGCCCUUAUCCGAGGGGAGGAAGCUGAGCCUGUGGCCGCGAGAGACCAGUUGCGAAGGGAAGUCACUAGUCAUAGCCCACCUUGGCCAGCUGCUCCUGCAGCUAUGGCGUCGUCUCUCGCAUGCCUGUGCCCUUGCGGGGCGAAGCCGUUGCCUGCAGUUGCUGCUACAGCCGUGAAGCCCUCUCUGAGGACUUGCUUCUUACCACCCUUGGGAGAAAAUUUCAGCAAAUGUGGAGUGAAAUUGGCGAAUGGGGCAGCUAGGGAUAACGGUGCAUUUGUGGUGCGCGCGUUGGAGCUCGACCAGGAUACGUUAUUGGCUAUUAGCGUUGGUGUUGCGGGAUUAGCAGUGGGAAUCGGAGUGCCAAUCUUCUACGAGUCGCAGGUUAAAGGAUCCGAGGGUCGAGAGAAUGACCAGCCUUGUUUUCCAUGCAAGGGAACCGGCUCCCAGGUCUGUCGGUUCUGCGUGGGUGCUGGCAACAUCACAGUGGAGCUUGGUGGUGGUGAGCGAGAGGUUUCGAAGUGCAUAAAUUGUGAGGGAUCUGGCGCCUUGACGUGCACUACCUGUCAGGGCAGUGGCAUCCAGCCCCGAUACCUCGACCGCCGAGAGUACAAGGACGAUGACUAAACUGGAGGCCGGCUAACCGCGACGCUUGUAUCAUGUGAGUGAUAGGAAUCAAUUUGCCGAAAUGCUGAAGAGGAUUCGAAUGCUGUGAGUGGUGGUUGUAUUCACCCGUGUAGGACAGAGGUAUGGGUGUAGGGAGCUCAGGACUCAUUGUUCCCGUGCUAGCAGUUUCUUUGGCUAUGUCUUUUGAUGCGUUUCGCUCCAUUUUCAAGCUUUAUGGAGCUCACAUUAUCAGGAGAGUUCUGAAUUUGAAAUAAACCCUGCACAGGAAUUUCUUCCUAGUCGAAAGUUUUGAAGAGGUAUAUCGGUAGUCCAAGAUUGGUGCUCGAAUGGGUCAAAUGCGAUCUAUACUGAGAAUUACGGAUAACAUAGCUAGUCAGAAUUGCAGCAGUCCUUUGCUAAGUAUGUUGUUUCAAUGUAUAAAUAAUUGAGUAAUGAAUUGAGUGUAUGCUAUUAGUGUUAUUGUUA